UGUAUAAAAGCAGCGCGCGCACUGAAUCCGACAGGUACUUCAGGUGAACACUGUUCAGUUGUUUCAGGACUUAAAUCUGCUUUAAGGUUCAUCCGACAGGCAAUGGCUCCACGGCCUGAGAUUGGAAGUGACACCUCAGUCUCUCCACCAGAUCUUGACACAAACUCGUCCAAAGAUGCCGUGGUGCUUCCAGCGUACUCCACUGUGGCUCUUGUGGAUUUAGAUUCUGAUUCGAUUAACCCAUGGGAUCUUCCUGAGCUCCAGGAUGUGGGGCCGAAAUGGUCAGAACUGGACACAAAAGAAAAAGUGCUCCGAGUCAUGUUCUCGAUCGCGAGGCUUGUUGUCUUGCUUGGAUUCCUUUACAUGUUUGUUUGCUCCCUGGACAUUUUGAGCUCGGCGUUUCAGCUUGUUGGUGGAAAAGCAGCUGGAGAUAUCUUUCAAGACAAUGUGGUAUUGUCCAACCCUGUGGCAGGGCUUGUGAUUGGUGUCUUGGUUACGGUGUUGGUUCAGAGCUCCAGCACGUCUUCAUCCAUUGUGGUCAGCAUGGUGUCAUCUGGAUUACUGGAGGUGCAGUCAGCAGUGCCUAUUAUUAUGGGUGCUAACAUCGGUACCUCCAUCACCAACACCAUCGUGGCUGUGAUGCAGGCCGGAGAUCGUAACGAGUUCCGCAGGGCAUUUGCUGGAGCCACAGUUCAUGAUUUUUUUAACUGGCUUUCCGUGUUGAUAUUGCUGCCUCUGGAAGCAGCCACUGGUGUCCUGUAUAAGCUCACCAAACUCAUCAUCAACUCAUUCCAUAUCCAGACAGGCCAGGACGCCCCAGAUUUACUUAAAGUCAUCACUACACCACUCACCAAGAACAUCAUUGAGCUGGACAGCUCUGUCAUCAGUGGCAUAGCCACUGGUGAUCCCAGUGCUCGGAACAAGAGCCUGAUCAAGAUAUGGUGCAAAAAGAUGAAAGUCACGACUCUAAUGAAUAUCACUGUUCCUGGGGAAGCAAACUGCACAGUUGGUGUCCCGUGCUGGACGGAGGGUAACCAGACAUGGACACAGGAGAACAUAACAGAGACCAUCAACAUAAAAAAAUGUAGUCAUCUUUUUGUCUCGGCGAAUCUGCCCGAUCUGGCCGUGGGACUGAUCCUGCUAGCUCUGUCCCUGCUAGUGCUCUGUACAUGCCUCAUUCUCAUUGUCAAGCUGCUCAACUCCAUGCUCAGGGGCCAGGUUGCUGUUGUCAUUAAGAAGGUGCUUAAUACAGAUUUCCCCUUUCCGUUUGCAUGGGUUACCGGUUACCUUGCUAUAUUAGUGGGGGCAGGAAUGACCUUCAUUGUGCAAAGCAGUUCAGUCUUCACCUCUGCCAUUACGCCUCUUGUUGGUAUUGGUGUUAUUAGCAUUGAGCGAGCCUACCCCCUUACUCUUGGCUCCAAUAUUGGAACAACAACCACUGCUAUUCUUGCUGCCAUGGCAAGUCCUGGAGAAACACUGGCCAACUCGCUACAGAUCUCCCUGUGCCAUUUCUUUUUCAACAUCUUUGGUAUAAUCCUGUGGUACCCAAUUCCUUUCACACGUGUACCUAUACAGCUGGCUAAAGCUCUGGGUGACCGAACAGCCAAAUACCGUUGGUUUGCCUUCGUCUACCUGAUUCUUUGCUUCUUCCUUCUGCCCUUGAUGGUUUUGGGGCUGUCCAUCGCUGGCUGGCAGGUCCUCGUGGGGGUCGGCGUGCCCGUGAUUGUGCUGGUGAUCUUAGUGGUUGUGGUGAACAUCAUGCAGUCACACUUCCCACACUACCUGCCUCCUGUGCUUCGCAAUUGGGACUUUCUUCCCCAGCCACUGCACUCACUCAAACCGUGGGACCGCAUCGUCACCAGGUUGAUGGGCUUCUGUGGGAAACGAUGCUGCUGCUGCUGCAAGUGCUGCCAUAAGGGAGAAGUGGACGAGGAGAAGAAGAAUAAGAGGGGAUUGGAGAUGUACGACAACCCCACGCUUUCUGUAGACGACGGGAAAUGCCAGAUUCAGACAGUCUCUGGAACAAAUCUGUAGCAUAUCUAAAAGUUUAUAGCAAUUUCAGGACUCUAUUAAAUCUUACCAUUUUACAGAUGAGCUGCACAAAGUGUUAGAAGUAGACUGUGUACUCGAGGCUGCUAGAAGGUUCUUUGUCUGACCAGAAGGAACUGUGCUAACAACAGCAGGUCCGACUGAGCAAGCCUUGUAGGUGUCUGAUUCCUGCUUCUGAAUGCCCCCUUUCCACCAGAAAGAACCGGGUGCUGGUGCUGGUUCGAAGUUGGUUUCACUGGUGAACCUUCUAAGAACUGGUUUGCCUUUCCAUGAGCUAAGAGAACCAUCACAAAGCCAAGUCUUAGGUCACUGUAUACGUCUCAUCUUUCCCAGCAACGUUAGCGCAGCAGCGGCAAACACAAACACAACAUCACCAAUGGCGUAUGUUGCUAUACUGUUAAUGCUCAUAAUGCUUUGCGAACCUACAUUGGCAUCCAAACGUGGCGAAAACAACGUGUACGUGCAGCUUGAUGUAAUUUGUAUAAAUGGAGGUUGUAAUUGAGAAUAACAGAAAGUACAUAACAUUAUUUUAUCAUUAACACAGAAAAAAGUUAGCCUUAGCAUGUAGCUACCUACUAUCAUGUGUGCUGAUAAUUGUUCAUAUUGCGGUAAAGUAAAAAUCCGUUAAACAUUGGUAUACUUAAGGUACAUUAUCAAAGGUGCUAACAGUAACCAUGCCCCCAGCCCUGCCCCCAGCCAGCGGUUCUUAAGUCUAGACCAGCAACGUUUUGGUGCUACUUAAGAACCACUUUUCCUGGGUCAGAGGCGGUGAUUUGGGUGUCGAAAAAGAAAGAACUGAUUUUAAAUUAGGCUCCGAACCUGCACUCAAACUGCCUCGGUGGAAAAGGGGCAGAAGACGUUCUGCUAAACAUAGCUAGACUAUGCUUUCUGUAUGUUUAUUUUUUGUCCCCUUGUGAAGCUGCUCGCAUUGUAUGGCUGAAUAUCUGUAAAGUGCAAAUUUGAAAUGCAAAUGCAGAUGGCCUUUAUUACUAAUUCGUACAUAAGGAUUUUGUUUAAAACUAUUUAAAGUGUUGUAUAUUUUAAAGAAUUAUAUUUGUAAAGAAUUCCAUUUGCUGCCCUUUAAGCCCACGGCUUUUAGGUGAUGUCUAAUGUGUAUGUUUCUUAUAUACAUGUAUAUUUCUAAUAUAUAUGUCUGUUUCUUGUAUACUGUAUAUGUGCAUUGUUUAUACAGAUUAAAAAAGACGAUAGACAUGAAA